AUGGAGAAGCGGAUUAGCCGGUCGAACCUCAAGCGGCGACCGGACUCUCCUUGCCCCAAAUCGCAAAGCAAACGCGGCAAGCCCGGGGAUACCCAGGAGACUCAGGCCGAGGACAAGACCAGCAUCAAUGACCUACCAGAUGAGCUGAUUGAGGAACUCUUCAAGCUCUCAAACAUCUGUUACCCGGAGCAUCUUCCUAUCGACAAGACCAGGCAGAUGCGGAAGACGCGCACGCUGUGGAGCAUAUGCCUGGUGUCGAAAAGAUUCUGCCGUAUUGCAGAGCCGCUGCUGUACUCGUGGUACGCCGACUACGAUUCGCUUUCUCGUCGACACUUCUUGCGCAGGAUCUUCCAAAGUCCGGACCAUGCAGCGCGUGUGCGCCAGAUGGUGGUCAGACUCGAGGACAAUAUCUACGCCGUGCAACCUCACGACUGUGGAGACUUUGCCGACAUUUUCGCCGCUGCUGCAGAGGUGGACGAUAUUCUUUCCAAGGAGAGGUGGCUGGUGGACUUGGCGCGAGGACGCUACGAAUCCGAAGCGGCACUUCUCCUGGCCCGGACACCGAACGUGGAGGAGCUGAAGUUUGAGAUAGACAAGAGCUUUGGGACCUUCUACGGCUGGACGCAUCGGCUUGCCAGGUGGAUAGUCCAGACACCCCCCGCAGAAGGACACGUCUCACCGCUGUCGAAAUUGAGAAGCCUUGUCAUGGUCACGGAAGGCUACUUUCAGAUGCUCGCUGUGCAGGAUUUCCUCGGCAUUCCUUCCCUGCGCAAUCUUGAGCUGUGGACGCCGGAGGCUUCGGACGAGGACGCGUCUGACUGGCCCCAAGCCAUCUCCAACGUUGAGACGUUGACCAUCGGCCCCUGUGUGGUGGGCGACGAGUUCAUCAAAGGGCUGAUGGCGUCUUGCAGAGCGCUCAAGCGCUUCAACUACGCCAUCGGCCGCAAUCUGCUGAACCAACGCCAGUGGAAGUGCGAGGCAAUAGACAUGGACCGUUUGUACGAGGCGCUGCUUCAGCAUCGAGACUGUUUGGAGACGCUGGACAUCGAAGGAGACCGCAGCCAGCACGUCUUGACGGAGAAGUUUCGCCUGAAUUGCUUCGGUAGGCUGAAAAGCCUCACGGUAUCAUUUGCCUCGUUCAUUGCAUUGGGAGGGUCGCGGUGGGCGCCACUGGAGGCUCUGCCCAGCUCGAUCGAGACGCUGCGGCUGAACUGCUUCAAGGAGCAUUGGCUCACCCUGUCGGCCUUCCUGUCUGAUCUCGUGGAAAACUACCGCGAGGAGUUUCCUCGGCUCAAGCUGUUGGAGCUUCUCGUGGACGACACGGCGUUCCACUUCAUGCACGACAAGCUGGACUUCCUUCCGAGCAGACUGAUCUGGGCGGGGAUCGAGCUGAGGCUGGAUGAGCGGCCACGAGGAGAGAACUUCCUGUACAUGCUACCGGAGCUGUCAGCACCUGGGACCUGCUCGGUGACGUCGAGCCUCAUGCCGGAUGACUUGUCGAAGCCUCGCAAGGCGGAUCGGGGGGUGCGUAGCUGGAAGAUGGCGUUCCCUGAGCGGAUAGACGCGUCGGAGCAGCCGUAG